AAGAAGAAGAAGAAGAAGAAACGUCAACAGGAAGGAGGAGGAGCAACAUGGCGGCGGUGAGAACAGCCGGAGCUCCGACGCGGAGCAGCCCGGAGCAUCAGGCCGCUCAGUGAGCGCCAGUCAGCGGGGAGAGCAGCCUGGAGGAGCCGGUAACAGCCUGGAGCAGCAGGCCGGGAGCUCUGACCGUCAACAGCCGCUCAGUGAUGACGGAUUGGGCUCCGGGACGUGGCGGCCGGUCGGCGGAGACCUGGAAGAGACACAUCAUGGGUCAACUGAAGCACCGAGACCUGAACCAGCACGCCAGGUUCCAGGACCUGAUCCGCUUCUACACUCGGCUGCUGGACAAAACCAGUCUGACUAAAGGACUCCUGAGCUGCUCCGUCAGGCGUCCCUCCUCUGACAGCAGCUGCUCUCUCUCCUCUCUGCUUCACCACAACAACCAGCUGAAGAAGACUACCGGAGAGCUGGCCUAUCAGGUGGUGGAGCUGCAGCAGCAGAUUAAAACCAAAGAAGGUGAUCUGGAGGAGCAACAUGACAGGCUGUUGGAGGGGGAGCGGCGGCUGGCGGGUGCGUUUGAUGCUCACCGGGCGCUGCAGCAGCGGGUGGAGCACGUUCAGGAGGAGAACGGGGCGUUGAAGACGGAGUACGACGCCCUGCUGGAGCGUCAGAGAGGGGCGGAGUCAAGACUCCGGGAGGAGAAGGUCAGAGGGGGACACCUGCUGGAGGACAUGAUCCACCUGAAACAGCAGGCCGCCGCCCGCAUGAACAGCCGCAAUGAACGCAAGUCCAGAGCUCGAGAAGCUAACCUGCAGAAGGAGCUGCAGACUGCUGUGAGGUCAAAGGUCACCGUGGACAGUUGUUCGAGCGCUCCGACCUCCAGAUCCACGUCUCCAAAGACGGAGAACCAACCCGAGUCCACCGAGAGAUGCCACACCAGACUGUUCAGAUCAGCGUCGGCUACGUCUCCGAGGAUCCUGUCCUCCAUCAGAGAGCUCUUUGACAGGAAGAGGCGUGGCCACUCCGUCUGCAGUCUGGAGGAGGAUCUGGGUCCUGUAGGAGUCUGUCUGUCUGCCAGAGUCCCCGCUAGAGCUCUCCACGUCCUGGAGGCCCAUGAGCAAGGCAUCAACGCUGUGAGGUUCAGCUCCAGCUCUCAGCUGCUGGCCACCGGAGGAACCGACACCGUCAUCAAACUGUGGGAGGUCAGAGCAGGCUCGCUGACUCACAGAGCGUCUCUGGACGGCAGCACAGAGGGGAUCACCUGCAUCGAGUUCGACCCCACGGGUUUGAGGAUCCUCGCAGCGUCCUACGAUAAGUCGGCCUUGUUGUGGCGGCUGGAUGACUCCGUUCCCAAGUUGACUCUAACAGGUCACAGCAGGAAGGUAACAGCAGCGAGGUUCAGCGGUUGUCUUCAUCAGGUGGUGACAGGCAGCGCAGACAGAACCAUCAGACUGUGGGACCUGCAGAGAGCCGCCUGUGUGCAGGUAGUUAAAGUGGCGUCAUACUGCAGUGACCUGGUCUGUUCUGAGAACUGGAUCAUCAGCGGACACUACGACUCCAAGAUCAGAGUCUGGGACACCAGGACGGUCAGCUGCGUCCAGGAGCUCCCCGCUCAGGGGAAGGUCACCUCGCUGGACAUCAGCUCCGACCACCGUCAGCUGCUCAGCUGUUGCCGUGACGACUGCCUCCAGCUGGUGGACCUGAGGAGGCGGAGCAACGAGCGCGUCUGCUUCAGAGCUGAAGGCUUCAAAUGUGGCAGUGACAGCAGCAAGGCUGUGAUCAGUCCAGACGGUUGCUUCCUCGCGGCCGGAUCAGCUGAUGGCGCCGUUUACAUCUGGAACGUCUCCACCGGCAACCUGGAGACCCGCCUACCUGACAAACACAGCUCGUCCAUCAGCGCCGUCUCCUGGUCUCUGUCCGGUCAGUACGUCGUCAGCGUGGACAGGAGCAGGCGGGCCGUCCUCUGGAGUGACUUCUGAGAGGUCACGUUGUCACGGCAACACGCCACGCCGUAAAAGCCGGACUGAUCUGGGAGCCAUCAGAGGGACGUUUGUGGGUUUGUUUGUUUUUAGUUCGUUGUUGAUUGGACGAAACGGAAACUUCCUGCUUGGUGCCUUUUUUUGUAUUUUAUAACGUCAGUGGGGACGACGAGGGACAACGAGGGACAACGAGGGACAGCUGUUCACCUUCACAUGAAGCUUUAUAACUGUAGAACUGAACGAAGGGAAACCUGCAACCAAAACACGGAAACAUUGAACCAGCCUUCACGUCGACCUUCAUCAAGGUCAUCACACCUUUAACCCUUCGGCCUCGCUUUAAGGACGCCGGUCCGACGUCCUCAGAGGACAAAAAAAGUCUGCGUCAAAAAACAUGAACGUAUCUACUGUCGGUGUUUCUGCAACUACGGGCAGUUUAACGUCCCAGCAAUUAUGGAUUUAUGUUAAAUUAUCAGUGCAAUAAACAUAAACACAACGUUAUUACACAUCUGGACAUGACACAUAAUGUGAGUUAAUAAAACAUAAGGAGCGUUUUCUGGGUUUUCUUCAUCAAUGUUGACAUAAAUGAGCUAAUUCAAUUGUUGAAUUCAUUUUUAGUAGAUGAAAUUUAAAUGUCUUAAAAAUAAUAUAGAAAUGUAAAAAUCAAAACGUAUAAAAUGAUUAUAGGACAUUUAAUGAUAAAAAAACAUAGAAACUAAACUUGUUACAGAUUAAAAUGUGAACCACUAGAUGUACUCUUGUGUACCUGUUUAUAUAUAUUAAUACUCUGAUGGUUCAUUCAUUCUUUCAUCUGGGAGAGUUCAAAGUGACCGUCGUUGCAGAAACACUCAGAUAUUAAUAUUAUUUUCCACGUUCACUGAGUUAAAUCUCAACAUCAGUCCUCAGAUCACAACGACCAAAUAUUCAUUCAUUUUCUGAGUUUUAACCCUUUAAAUGCCGGUUUGUUUAUAAUGUAUAUAUAUAUAUAUAUAUAUAUAUAUAUAUAUACUGUAUAUAUGUACUGUAUACAUCACAGCAGAGCGCGCUAAAGAAACGCAGGAAAGAAGCGCGCUAAAGAAGCGCGGUAAAGAAGAGCAGUAAAGAAGAGCAGCAGAACGCGGUAAAGAAACACGGUAAAGAAGAGCAGCAGAACGCGGUAAAGAAACGCAGGAAAGAAGCGCGCUAAAGAAGCGCAGUAAAGAAGAGCAGCAGAACGCGGUAAAGAAACACGGUAAAGAAACGCGGUAAAGAAGUGCGGUAAAGAAGUGCGGUAAAGAAACGCAGUAAAGAAGAGCAGCAGAAACACGGUAAAGAAACGCGGUAAAGAAGUGCGGUAAAGAAACGCAGUAAAGAAGAGCAGCAGAAUGCGGUAAAGAAACACGGUAAAGAAACGCGGUAAAGAAGUGCGGUAAAGAAACGCAGUAAAGAAGAGCAGCAGAAUGCGGUAAAGAAACACGGUAAAGAAACGCGGUAAAGAAGUGCGGUAAAGAAACACGGUAAAGAAACGCGGUAAAGAAGUGCGGUAAAGAAACGCAGUAAAGAAGAGCAGCAGAACGCGGUAAAGAAACACGGUAAAGAAACGCGGUAAAGAAGUGCGAUAAAGAAACACGGUAAAGAAACGCGGUAAAGAAGUGCGGUAAAGAAACGCAGUAAAGAAGAGCAGCAGAACGCGGUAAAGAAACACGGUAAAGAAGAGCAGCAGAACGCGGUAAAGAAACGCAGUAAAGAAGAGCAGCAGAAUGCGGUAAAGAAACACGGUAAAGAAGAGCAGCAGAACGCGGUAAAGAAACAUGGUAAAGAAGAGCAGCAGAACGCGGUAAAGAAACACGGUAAAGAAGAGCAGCAGAACGCGGUAAAGAAACGCAGUAAAGAAGAGCAGCAGAACGCGGUAAAGAAACAGUAAAGAAGAGCAGCAGAACGCGGUAAAGAAACGCAGUAAAGAAGAGCAGCAGAACGCGGUAAAGAAACACGGUAAAGAAACGCGGUAAAGAAGUGCGGUAAAGAAACGCAGUAAAGAAGCGCAGCAGAACGCGGUAAAGAAGCGCGGUAAAGAAACGCAGUAAAGAAGAGCAGCAGAACGCGGUAAAGAAACACGGUAAAGAAACGCGGUAAA